AUGACUAAUAUUUCAUUAUUAUCAAAAUCUAAAUCAUUCAAUGGUGAAGUUAGAAGAUAUAGUCAUAAAUCAACAUCAUUAUCAUGUGAUAUGAAAUUUCAUGUUUAUGUACCAUCAAAAUCAUCCACUCCAUCAUCAGUACUAUGGUUCUUAUCUGGUUUAACAUGUACAGAUGAAAAUUUCAUUCAAAAAAGUGGUGCAAUUCAAUAUGCUAGUCAAAAUAAUAUAUUCUUAGUUUGUCCUGAUACUAGUCCAAGAGGUAUUACAAUUGAAAAUGCAGAAGAUAAAUGGCAAGGACCAGGAUUUGGAGCAGGAUAUUAUUUAAAUUCAACAACAGAUAAAUAUAAAGCUCAUUUCCAAAUGUUUACAUAUAUUACAAAAGAAUUAUUUGAAUUAAUUAAUAAAGAAUUCACAGAUACAAUUAAUAUUAAUAAACAUUCAAUUUUUGGUCAUUCAAUGGGUGGACUUGGAGCAAUUUCAUUAUUUAUUAAAACUAAUGGUCAAUAUAAAUCUGUUAGUGCAUUUUCACCAAUUUCAAAUCCAGUCAAUUGCGAUUGGUCUUUACAUUCAUUUAAAGAAUAUUUAGGUACAGAGAAUAAAGAAGCUUGGUUACAAUAUGAUCCUUGCCAUCUUUUGAAAAAUUAUGAUGGUAAACCAUUCGAUUUAUUAGUUGACCAAGGUUCGGCUGAUGAAUUUUUUAAUGAUUUGAAAUUUGAUAAUCUUGAAUUAGCUUGUAAAGAAAAUUCAAAAAUUAAUUUAAUUGCAAGAUUACAAGACGGUUAUAAUCAUGGUUAUUUCUAUAUCUCCACUUUUAUUAAAGAUCAUAUUGAAUAUCAUUCAAAACAUUUAAAUAAAUAA